UUUAAGAAAAAAAUCUUGGGGAGGUUGUCAUUUGGGCACUUAAUUAAAUUGAACAGGGUGGGUUAAACGGUGAGAUUGGGCUGGAGACUGGUUUUUCAAUCUGGCAACCCCCAGACUUCCGCGGGAAAUUCAGAAACUCAAACUUCUAACCACACUCGACUCGACUCCGCUUUGGCCCUUUAAAAAGGACACAUAUUUCUAAACGACUGUCGUGGAUGUUUAAGUUGUCUAUUCAUCAAAAUGUCCAAGAAGAAAGGACUGAGUUUGGAGGAAAAGAGAAGUCGCAUGAUGGAGAUUUUCUUUGAAACAAAGGAUGUCUUCCAGCUGAAAGACAUCGAGAAGAUUGCCCCUAAAACAAAGGGAAUAACACCAAUGUCUGUAAAGGACGUGCUGCAGAGCCUGGUGGAUGACAAUAUGGUGGACUGUGAGCGUUUGGGGACAUCCAACUAUUACUGGGCUUUUCCCAGCAAAGCUCUGCACGCCCGCAAGCUCAAACUGGAUGAGCUGAGCAAACAGGUGUCUGAGGCAAAGAAGCGUCAAACUUCACUGCAGGAUGCCAUUGAAAAAGCCAAAGAAGGACGUGAUGAUACAGAAGAGAGGAGUGCCAUGUUGAAGGAGUUUCAGGCUCUGACAGAAGAGCGAGCUCAGCUCCAGACUGAGUUGGACAAGUACAAGGAAUGUGACCCACAAGUUGUUGAAGAGAUGAAAAAAUCAAAUGUUGUUGCCAAAAUAGCUGUUUCCAGGUGGACAGCUCUGAGUCAAAUCACCAGCGUGGUCGAGGUCUGGCAGCCAGAAGAUGCAGACACGCUCGGUCCACUGCAGGUAGAAAAGGGGCCAAGAAAAGACGGUCUUCCCAUUGACGAAAGCUCCUCUUUAUUUAAUGUGGAGAAUGGGAGGCCGUUGCAUUUCCAGCCAGCGGUGUUAACUUUCGGAAAUCAGCCGCUGGGGCUACCAAGAGCCGAAACCAUACAUGUACACAACCCCAGCCCGGAGGUUCCUGUGACGCUGCUGUCUAUGUUUACGUCCAGCAGGCACUUUCACAUACCUUCCUUCCACAGGAGAGUGAUCCCACCAAGAGGGAAAACAUCUUUUAAACUAAUUUUCCUUCCAUCAGAGGAGGGCAAUGUAGAAAAUACAUUAUUUAUAAACACGUCGGCCCACGGGCUGCUUUCAUAUCAGGUCUUUGGUGUGGGUGUACAAAAGGGCUCCUUAAAGUCUGUUCAACGAAGGGACAGUCUGCUGGUGUUCCCUCACAUCCAGAGCAUCAAGUUGACCCAAACUCAGGAAGAUGUGUCCAACAUCACCAUACUAGGUCUUUUGCUGGAGUGCAGCCUACCCAAGAGUUUUCUCAUCAGUUCACAGAGUUCCUGCCUCCAAAGCGAGGAACAUCUCAGUCUGCAGAUGGACCUGUCGGCACGUGGUGACCAGCCUGCUGACCUGGACAAGCUCAAGCCUUAUGUUAUUGAGCACAUCCAACUGCUGCUCAUGGUCCCCACUGCUGGACAGGCUGCAGUAGGGGAACCAAAAAUAGGCGUUUAUAUGCAAAAUUCUGGAAGCAAAAGGCUAUAUAUAAAAGACAUACAGUUGCUGUCCAAAGUGGAUGCCAAUCUGGAAAUCAAUCGACUUCUUCUGCCAUCAGAAGCGAAAAACUUUUCUGAAGUGGCCUCCCUCACUUGCAGAGGUUCUAUGCCAGGCCACAGUGGGAAAUGCGUUAGUCAUAUCAGUUUAAAGAUUCGAGGCAACCAGAUGACUCACAACCUGGCUGGAUUACAUAUCACACACAGGUGGAGCACAGAGGACCUGUCCAGCCUAUUCCAAGUGAAACAAAAAUCUACAGAGCAGGUGGAAUUGUGGAUGACCAACCCAUUCCCACUGCCACUCACUGUGACAAGUGCCAGCCUGUCACAUAAACUGCAGGGGGCGAUGAAGAUGAUGAACUUCCACAGGCCGCUGACGGUACCACAGGGCUGUUGGCCUGUAUUGUCCCUGCAGCUCUUCGACAGGGCGCUGCAGGCCAGUCACUCCUUCACACUUGGCCUGUACACCACACUAGGUGCCGCUGUGCGUGUCCCUCUCUACUUUCAUGUGGACCCUUCGAAGCAGGGGGACUUGGUGUUUGAGUCUGAGCAAGCGUGUGGACAACCCUGCCCGCUCAAGUUGUCCGAAGCAGGUCGCUCAGAGUGGCAGCGCACGCUACUUCCGGACUUCUCUCGUUCAUGUUGGACGGUAGACAGCAAACUGGCUGCGGAACUCUUCUCCCGUUGGAAGAACUAUAAAGACAAGCUUCCUUGCAGGUGGCCCAGACUCCCCGUGGAGACAGCCUCACCGCUGGAUUUUGGUGCCACGCCCAUUAACGAGAGCAAGGUGAAAACUUUGCUACUGAAGAACCCUUCCUCAUCUGUGGUUUCUGUGGAAAUCCAGAUUCUCUCCCUGUAUCCUUCCCCGCUUGGCGCUCUGGAUCUUCUCACCAAAUGGUUUAACAUAAGCCCUCUAGCGGUCAACAUCAGUACUGCGGAGUUCUCCCUUCUGAAGGCACCCCCCAAAGCGAGCGAGGACAGCAUGGGCCUCAGGGGUGAGGGAGUCUUGCGCCUGCUGCUGCAGCCAUGGGAGUCCCGCGAAGUUGCCGUUGUUUUUACGCCAUCUGAACACAAACCCACUGCCACUAUCCUCAUCAUCAGGAACAACCUGACUGUAUUCGACAUGGUGACAGUGAGGGGCCAUGGGGCCAAAGAGCUGCUCAGGGUUGGUGGCAAGCUACCCGGUCCGGGCGCGUCCCUGCGCUUCAACGUUCCUCAGUCCACGCUAAUGGAAUGCAGAGAUGGCAUGCGCGGCAAUACCAAGCCACUCUUUGCCAUCCGCAAGAGCUUCAAGGUGGAGAACGCCGGUGAGCUGCCACUCACAGUCACGUCCAUGAACAUCAAUGGUUAUAAGUGUCAAGGCUUCGGCUUCGAGGUGCUGCAUUGUCACUCCUUCAGCUUGGACCACAAUUCCUCAUCGGAGCUUACUGUAGCGUUCACGCCCGACUUUACCUCGUCCUGGGUGAUCCGCGACCUGGUACUGGUGACGUCACGUGGCUCCACCUUCCCGUUUACCCUCAAUGUGACGCUGCCCCACCACAUGUUGCCCCUUUGUGCCCAAGUCGUGCCAGGCCCCAGCUGGGAGGAGUCAUUCUGGAUGGUCACGCUCGUCUUCACCUGCUUCUCCUUGUUCAGUGUCUGUUUGAUGGCCUUUCAUCAGGCACAAUAUAUCCUAAGCGAGUUCUCCACACCCACUAUCCGAAGCAACCACAACUCCAACUUGUCUCGGGACAACGGCCCCGUCAACAACAUAACACACAAUGGCGUCAAUAAACCAAAAGGUAGCUGUAAGAGCUAUGUGGACAACUGCCACACCUCAGACAAAGGGAAGGGUCGAGGCUCCCCGGCGCUGUCAAACAGCCCAGCUCAACGUCUUCAAUCGUCCAAGAAGAGCUCCUCAGGCGCCCCAUCGCAGCCCCAGAAGAAACACAAGGUGUCCCUGUACUACAGCAAGUACAAGCCCAGCGUGGCUGCUGUAUCAUCUGCGGCCAUGGACGAAGAGCACGAGGAGCAUGAGGAACUGAUUCCUGACCUGCCCUUAACGCCGGACCCUGACGUUUGCAACAAUAAUGAACCAACAUUCAUCAGCGAGAUGGCUAAAAAGGCAACGGUGGACUUUAAUACUGAAGAUAGCGUGCCAGCAGCGGUUAUGUUUCCUGUGGAAAUUCCUGCUGGCUUCCCUCAAAACGUCACGCUUGGUCCUGGACCAAGACCGGGCCUGCUACUGUGCAAACCCGUGGAGAUGGGUCACUCUGGACGCUAUGAACCUGCAGUGGUGCACUGUGAGCAGCGGCCGAGUGCCGAACUACAGUUAAGAGAAGACUGCAAAGGACCGAGCAAGAAGGCUUCAAUUGCAGACACAGGAAAUAGUAGUAGUAGCAUUAAUAUUAGUACCAAUAGUAAUAAGGGAAAGAGGAGUCGCAGAAAGACGGAAAAUGUUUCAAGCUCUACUGAGCAGAAAGUGCAGCUACUUCCAGAGGGUGAGCGAGAGCUUGACUGGAGUGCGUCAGACCGCAACCUGGCGGCAUCCCGCAACAGGAACCGCUGCUGUCUCGCACCUGCGGCAGAAUUGUCCAAACCUGGACAUCGUGCUGACAACUCUGUCAGACAGAACGGCAUGUGUCCUACUCGCACUCGUCGAAAGUGCACCACCGAGCGGCGCGCGUGUGAGUCCGGGUCGGACUCGGGCAGCUCAUCGGGUAGCGUGAGGGCCAGCAGGGGGAGCUGGGGCAGCUGGAGUAGUGCUAGUAGCAUCGAGGGCGACAAAGAAGCCAGACACGUUUGCGCAACCUCAUCCAGAAAAAGGGAGCCCAUGCAGUAUAGCAUCUACACAGCAGAGCGGGACUCUUACCAGCCUGCUCAUGCCAACUGCAAACCGCUUAGUAGUGCAUACCGCAAAGACCAGUGCCAAAGUUUCGAUCCGGCGGUGUCCAGCUUCGCCCCGAGCUUUGCCGCUGUCGCCGCGGGGGUGGAGCGGAACACGGAUCUGACGGGUCACUUCAUACCUAAGGAGACAUGGUCAGCUCCUUCAGUUCCGCUCACUAAUGAGUUCCGGUACAACACCACUGCCACCGAAGCACUACCCUUCGUUCCUCAGCAGGCCUCGCCAAUGCCGUAUAACGGGUUUUCAUGGAGAAGUGCCAACAGCCACUGCAGUAAUCCCUACGCCUACGCAGAGGAAGGCAACUACAUAGGAAACGUGGCGUUCCCGGCCGGUUUUCCCCGACAGGAGGGCCACGGCGUCCCCGCUGGCAGUCAGGCCAGCUGGAAUGAGCAACAUACCCAAGAGUCCCCUUGCACUUGGGAUUCUGCCGCCUGCGUAGGCACCAAGCCUUUCUUCUCAGGCACCCGCAGCUUGUCUCCAGUGUCCAGCUUGUUUGGCUCCAUCUGGACGCCACAAAGCGCCCCCUAUCACCACCACAGCCACCUGCAACACGAACGCUCGGCGCCCAUGUCGCCGGCUUCCCCCAUCACGCCGCCACACUCUCCCUUUGCACGAGAGUCUGCAGAGGCGCCCGCGUGUGGCGUUGUUGGCGGGGGCGUCGGGGGCGCCGUCCCGUUCUCCAGCUUCCACCCCUUCGGCCCGCACAUGAACCUGGACAUCUGGAACUCCUCUUCCAACCGCAGCUCCAACUCGCAGUUGUCCAACGACUCUGGCUACUGUGGCGACGUUUGAAUUAAAAGAAAGUAUAAAAGAAAAAAGCAUCACAAUAAUUGCAAAAACAUAUAGAACAUGGAUAUAUACCACCAAGUUAAAGAAAAAAACAAUGUUCUUUUAUCAAUAAUGGGGAAAAUGUGAAUAUCCCUUUUUCUUUUAUGUUCCCAUUUUCAAACGUUGUGGACAUUUGUUGUAUAUUUUUCUAGAUGUUUUGCAGUUUUGAUCAUAGAAAAUUAAAAACAAGCUUUUGUACUUGAACAAUGUCCUAGUUUUAUU